AUGAACUCGUACUUCCCUGAUGUUAGAUUUUGGACAUUCGUGCAAUAUCCUACAAUAAAAAAAAACAAAUCAAUUGUCGUCCCCACCAAAUUCACAUGGAAAAAUUGGGGCAAGGAUAUCACAAUAGCUGGUACUUUUGAUGCCCCCACAUAUCCGGUAUGGAAACCAAUCGCAAUGCCAAAUGGCGAAGUUGAAAUAAAUUUGAUCCCAAAGAAAAGAUAUUAUUAUAAAUUUGUUAUCGAUCAUAAUUGGGUAUUGGAUCCUAACUUAGCCAGUUAUUCUGAUGAGCAUGGAAAUUGGAAUCAUGAAAUUGUUGUUGAACAGCCUAUUCCUCCUUCUCCACCACAAUUACCAGAAAUUUUUAAAGAAGAUUCAACAAUUAUUCAACCUCCCGCGCCUCUUCUUACUCCACCAGAAUAUGAUUUUGAUUUUGAAAAUGAUAAAUAUGUAGGCGAGAAAGAAGAACAACAUGUAAUUAAUUAUAUUGAACAACAUAACGAUGAUUUUGAAAAUGAUAAAUAUAUAGGCGAGAAAGAAGAACGACAUGUAAUUAAUUAUAUUGAACAACAUAAUGAUGAUUUUGAAAAUGAUAAAUAUGUAGGCGAGAAAGAAGAACGACAAGUAAUUAAUUAUAUUGAACAACAUAAUGAUGAUCUUGAAAAUGAUACAUAUGUAGGAGAGGAAGAAGAGCAAAAAUUAAUUGAACAACGUAAUGAUGAUCUUGAAAAUGACACAUAUGUAGGAGAGGAAGAAGAGCAAAGAUUAAUUGAACAACGCAAUGAUGAUCUUGAAAAUGACACAUAUGUAGGAGAGGAAGAAGAGCAAAGAUUAAUUGAACAACAUAAUGAUGAUCUUGAAAAUGACACAUAUGUGGGAGAGGAAGAAGAGCAAAAACUAAUUAGUAAUUAUGUUAAAGACUUUAAAAGUGAUAAACAUGUAGGGGAAAAAGAAGAACGAAAAGUAAUUGAACAACAUAGUGAUAAUGGAGAUAUCGUACUAUUGAUAUUAAAAUGGUACAGAAAAGUUAAAUUUUGGUUUGGGUCAUCCUUUAAUAACAAUACGGAAGACAAUUUCUUUAUGGGAGGAUUUAUAGAAUGGUUGCCCUUUAAUAAUGUCGACAAUAUUGAUGAUGUUGGUAAUGUUGGUAAUGCCGGUAAUGCCGAUAAUGUUGAUAGUAUCGAUAAUGUUGACAAUGUUGACAAUGCUGAUAACGUCGAUAAUGUUGACAAUGUUGACAAUGUUGAUAACGUCGAUAAUGCCGAUAAUGUUGACAAUGUUGACAAUCCCUAUUGA